AUGGUACAAAUCGCAGAGCGUAGCCCGGCGGUUGUGAAGCGCAGGAGUGAGAAGAGGCUGAUGUGCCCGGCCGGAACCGUCCUGCCCGCCGUUCCUUCCUGGUGUGGUGAGGUGUGCUGUUCCCAGAAAGCCGAAAUAGCCUUCUUUUUGACGGGUGUAGCUCGAAAGGUUCGAUGCCAAUGCUCAGGCAGAGUCUUGAUGCUUCUCGACAGGCGAAGCUACGACGUAUGUGGGUGUGUAGAGCUUCCAGACAGGUACGGCGGAAUCGGAUGUUUUGGGGCGCAGGAAGCGGGUAUGACGCAGGUAGCCUUGAAGACAUGUGACGGCGAGGCGAGGAUCGGGAAGAAAGAGAUCGGAGAGCAGAGCAGAGGACCAGCGCAUCGCGGGGUUGGGAUUUCGGAGAGGCGAGAGAGAGGAGGAAGACUCACAAGGCAUCUUGUCGGGCCUUGCGCAACGGCGAGGAGCUCGUCAGCUCGAGUUGACAACAAGCCGUUUGGAGGUGGGAAGCGGGUGGAGCUUGGGUCGCGAGACCACUCAGGGGAGCGGAAGCAAAGAGACUGGGCGCUUUGUAGAAGAAGUCGGAAUAACUUGCAAAGGAAUGGCUGA